UGCCGGGCCGUGCCGGGGAGCCGGGGACCACCUUUCCGGUCUGACUGCGCCGUUGCAGGUCCCUCCCUCCUUCUUGUCAGCGGUUCAAACUUGAAGUCAAACCCGAUCGAACUUGAAUCAACUCCUUCGGUCUUCUCGCGGGGACCUUUUUUGUGUCGUUGUUGUUUUUGUGUCGUUGUUGUUGUUUUGGCAGGAAUGUGCUGAAGCUCGCGAGCUUCCUGUCCUCUUCUGCACUUUCGGUCUCCGCUUCUUCAGUUGCGAAAAGCCGCGGGAGGAAAUGUCCAGUUGAGGAUCGGGAAAACGCUCGCGAACCGCAGGCCCUGGUGUUUGUAAUGAUUGAUCAAGGCCUCGAUAAUGGCGCUGAAGGCACACGCUUUAUAUGACUUCCUCGCCGAGGCUGGAAACAACGAGUUGUCAGUGAAAGAAGGAGAGACACUCACUAUCACCAAUCGGAGUAUCGGAGGCGGCUGGAUCGAAGCACAGAACUCCAGAGGUGACGUUGGACUGGUGCCAGAAGACUACAUCGAGUUUGGAAAGCAGUUGCCAUCGUUCCCGGGAGCUGCAGCCCCUCCUCCAAGUGUAGGAAAUGUUGCCUCUCCAGACUUGUCCAUCUUUGAUUCCUAUGCUCCUGCAGCGUCUGCGCCUGCACAAUACCAGGUGGAUGCUGGGGCCUUAAGUCCCCAGCCAGGCACCCCCGACACCCCAGUUUCCCCCUACCUUUCGUCCCCCGAUGAGGCCAGUAACGGUAACGACCCCUGGUCCGUGUGGAACUCGGACCCAUCGGGGGGCUCCAACAAUAACUGGGCGUCCAAUCCGGAGGGAACCCAGACUGGGAGCGCCGCGUCCCAGGGCCACCCUCAGGCUUACCAGGGUCCAGGAGCCGAUUGUGACGAGUGGGAUGACGAGUGGGACGAUUCCACUGGAGGUUACCCCGAGUCGGAGUCCGGCGAGGGCGGCGCCAUGCAGAGGGGAGGAGCUCAUGCGCCGUCAAUGAAAAUCUCCCUCAACAAGUUUCCUGGGUUCUCCAAGCCUGGUCCAGAGCUCUACCUCUUAUGCAAGCAGCCCGCUAAGGGCAAAGAGAAGCUCACCAUCUACAUGGGAGAAGUUGGCCCGGUGUGGUCUUACCCAGAAACUCAGCUCGACUGCGUGGUGGCUGAUCCCAAGAAGGGCUCAAAGCUGUACGGCCUCAAGAGCUACAUCGAGUACCAAAUCACACCCAACACCACCAACCGACCGGUCAACCACCGAUACAAGCACUUUGAUUGGCUGUAUGAGAGGCUCCUCGACAAGUUCGGGUCGGCCAUCCCCAUCCCGUCUUUACCAGACAAGCAGGUGACAGGGCGAUUUGAGGAGGAGUUCAUUAAGAUGCGGAUGGAGCGGUUGCAGGGCUGGAUGACCAGGAUGUGCAGACACCCCAUCGUUUCCUGCAGCGACGUAUUCCAGAUCUUCCUCAGCUACAAGGAUGAGAAGGACUGGAAGACGGGAAAGAGAAAGGCAGAGAAGGACGAGACCGUGGGCGUGAUGAUCUUCACCACAAUAGAGCCUGAAGCUGCGGACCUGGAUCCCGUGGAAGUCGAGCAGAAAUGUGAGCAGUUCAGCAGGUUCACCAAAGCCAUGGACGACGGCGUGAAGGAAAUCCUCACAGUGGGCAACGAGCACUGGAAGAGAUGCACAGGCCCGCUGCCGAAGGAGUACCAGAGGAUCGGCAAAGCCUUCCAGAACCUCUCCUCUGUCUUCAACAGCAGCGGAUACCAAGGCGAGUCCACCCUGACGGAUGCCAUGACGGCAGCAGGCAAGACGUAUGAGGAAAUCGCUCAGAUGGUGGCCGAGCAGCCCAAGAAAGACCUCCACUUUGUCAUGGAGACCAACAAUGAAUAUAAGGGUCUCCUCGGAUGCUUCCCUGACACCAUUGGAGUCCAUAAGGCGGCCAUAGAGAAGGUGAAGGAGGGAGACAAGCUUGUGGCUGCCGGUAAAAUUUCCACUCAUGACAAAGUCACGAUGGCUAAACGCGUCAGCACGAUGUCGUACUCAUUACAAGCUGAGAUGAACCACUUCCAUAGCAACCGUAUCUACGACUACAACAGGGUCAUGCAGUUGUACUUGGAAGAGCAGGUUAAAUUUUACGAGACGAUUGCUGCAAAGCUGCGACAAGCACACAGUCAGUUCACUACUAUGUGAGAGCAACGAUGUCAAGUAGGAGACGAGAAACCAGAUUUAACAUCCGAAUUAUUCUUCCUUUACACCGCGAUAUUUUCCCUCCCUUUAAAUAAUUUAAACAUUACAUCGCGCUUUCAUUCGCUCUGGCCUUCCAUCUCUUCCAACAGUACCGGCUCACAGCGUUUCUUUGGUCCAGUUGAUGAACAUGUUCACCAGCUGAAAGCUCGCGUGUCACACCCUCCCUUUCCUGCGAGACAGGAAGUUGAAACCACGAAUGGCACAUUACAUUUGAGUUCCUCUAACGUGAUGCAUGUAAAGAAGAGUUUUUUACACAUGCUGCAGACACCGUGACGUUGUGAUGGAGUUACACUAAAAAACCCAAAGCUGCCCCCGCCCUCCACCCCCCCAUCUGUCUGAGCUUUAUUUCCUAUUCCUCAGCCAAUAUUUGAAUUUUCUUUCCGCCUCUCAUAAGUUAACAUUUCAGAGGGUCCUAACACAUUUUGUUAAGGCAGUGCAUUUCUUUUAAGGACCCAUGGAGUCAUGAAAGAGCUGUCAAAGACGGUGUGUGUCCUCUGUAUGUCCACUAGUGGCAGUCCAGAGCCGCUUUUCCUCCCGAACUUCCUCAAAGAGCUGACAGGAAACUAGAAAUGGUUGACUUAGCUGUCCCCAGGGCUGCGGACCACGACACUGCAGUUUACGUAGUGCCAGAAAGUGGCGAAAAGGCUACCCAUGUAGGGGUCGAUUCUUUUACGCGUUGCACCGUAAAGGCAGAAGUCAGUGGUUUUGAUGCAUUCCUUCCUCUCCCACACAGCUCUCCUGAAGAAUAUUUGUCCUUUUCUUUUUGACCAGAUUACGGUGUUUUAUAUGAAGACAGAGGCUCACGUCAUGUGUGCAGUUUGCUUUUUACCACCUAGAUUUCCAAAUUGUCUCUAAUCUUGUUCACUCUGUUUUCUUAUCACUUAAUACAUAGAAUAUAUAUAUAUCUAUCUAUAUGUUUAUUUUCCAUCAGGUGUUUCUUGUCUUUGAGAUACUAUUUUAUGUAUAGUAGUAUAUGAGAUGCAGUGUAACUCAAAGAGAAGCAAAAAUCCAGUUUGAUUUAUUAAACAAUGAUUUUUACUCA